AAGAAAGAUAAAGUAGAAGAUGCUAAUGUAAAGAUAGAUAAGAGAGAAGAUGCCAAGGUAAAAACAGAUAAAAUGGUGGAUGCUAAGGUAAAGACAGAUAAGGUACAGGAGGCUAAAGUAAAAACAGAAAAGGUGGAUGAUGUUGCAGUAAAAGCAGAUAAGGUAAAAGAUGCCAAAAUAAAGGCAGAUAAAGUAGAAGAUGCCAAAAUAAAGAUGGAUAAGAUAGAAGAUACCAAAGCAGAGAAGGAUAAGGUAGCAGAUGCCAAAGUAAAGAUGGAUAAGAUAGAAGAUGCCAGAGCAGAGAUGGAUAAUGUAGCAGAUGCCAAAGUAAAGAUUGAUAAAAUAGAAGAUGCUAAAGCAGAGAAGGAUAAGGUAGCAGAUGCCAAAGUAAAGAUAGAUAAGAUAGAAGAUGCCAAAGCAGCGAAAGAUAAGGUAGCAGAUGCCAAAGUAAAGAUGGAUAAAAUAGAAGAUGCUAAAGCAGCGAAAGAUAAGGUAGCAGAUGCCAAAGUAAAGAUGGAUAAGAUAGAAGAUAUCAAAGCAAAGAAGGAUAAGGUAGCAGAUGCCAAAGUAAAGAUGGAUAAGAUAGAAGAUGCCAAAGCAGAGAAGAUAGGGUAGCAGAUGCAAAGUAAAGAUGGAUAAGAUAGAAGAUGCCAAAGCAGAGAAGGAUAGGGUAGCAGAUGUCAAAAUAAAGACGGAUAAGAUAGAAGAUGUCAAAGCAGAAAAGGAUAAGGUAGAUGCCAAAGCAGAGAAGGAUAAGAUAGAAGAUGUCAAAGUAAUGGCAGAUAAGAUGGAAGAAG